CUCUCUCACACACAGACAUAAGUAGAAACAAUAAACCCUGAAACAGAGAGUUAAAAAGUUUUAAAGCAAAACACAAAUUUUGAGUGUGUUUUUAAUUUAUUGAGUGUCUCUAUCUCUUUGUACUUAAACAACAACCAACUUUAUUACACUACAUAACAUACACCCCCCCCCCCCCUAUCCACCACCUCCACUCCUCUCUUCACAAAUGAGAUAAAGGAGAAAUAAGAGUUCAGACAGAAACUCUCUCUCUCUCUAUACCCACAAAAUUAACAGAAAUUAUGAAUAAACAAGAUUUUAUGAAGCUUCAGACUUGUGUUCUGAAAGUAAAUGUACACUGUGAAGGCUGUAAGCAUAAAGUGAAAAAGCAGUUGCAGAAAAUCGAAGGAGUGUACUCUGUAAAAGCAGAUGUAGAACAGGGGAAAGUCACCGUCACAGGCAACGUCGACCCAGCCAUUCUCGUUAAGAAGCUGAGCAAAUCAGGGAAACACGCCGAGAUCAUAGGCGGUGGUGGAGGAGGAAAAGGUGGAAAAGAGAGCAACGGGAACGCCAAUGGCGGUGGUGGUGGUGGUGGUCAGAGUCAUGGACAUGGUCAACCUAUGCAGUUGACUCCUCAGCAGAUUCAACAAAUGAUGAUGAUGAAGGCUGCUCAAGCUGGUGGUGGUGGGAAGGAUAUGAAGAUGAUGAUGCCUCCUGUGGCAUCUAAGGAUCAGAAGAAGUCUAUUAAGUUCGAGGAAGAGGAAGAUGACGAUGAGUUUAGUGAUGAUGAUUAUGAUGAUGAUGAGGAGUUUAGUGAAGAUGAUUACGAUGACGAUGAGUUCGAUGAUGAAGAUGAGGAUGAUGAUGAAAUGGGAGGACAUGGUCACAUGCCUCCUAAUAAGAUGACGAUGAUGCCUAACAAGAUGCCUCAAAUGGGUGGUGGCGGUGGAGCUAAGGGACCUAAUGAGAUUAUGAUGAUGAUGAAUGGUCUCAAAGCCGGUGGUGGUGGUGGUGGUGGCGGUGGCGGUGGCGGAGGAGGCGGUGGUGGGUUUGAGAUUCCGGUGAAAAUGAAGGGAAUGGGUGAGGGUAAAAUGGGAAAAGAAGAUAAAGAGAACAAAGGAGGUGGGGGUAAAACCGGAAAAGCAGAUGCUAAAACCGGUGGUGGCCUUCUAGGUUUUUUCAAAAAGGGUAAAAGUGAGAAGGGAGGUGGUAAGAAAGGAGACGGUGGUGGUGAUAAGGUGAAGUCCUCCGGUGGUGGGGGAGGAGGAGGAGGUGAAGUUCAUCAUUAUGAUGAUGGGCCUAAAAAGGGAGGAGGCAAGUCGAAAGGAGGAGCCCAUGAUAUCGAUGAGCUCAUGAAACAAAUCAAAGCAGGUGGAGGAGCUAACAAGGGCAAUCAUAAUCAUAGUGCCAAGGGGAUGGGUGGCCCAAUGGGUCAAGGUGUUCCAAUUGGUAUGAUGGGUCCAAUGGGACACCAAGGCGGCGGUGCUUUCCCUGCGGUUCAAGGCUUACCGAUGAGUGGAGGCGGAGGAUAUUAUCCACCACCGCCUCAGGCAAUGAACCAACAACAAUAUAUGGAAAUGAUGAUGCAACAACAAGCUGCAGCUUAUGGAGGAUAUGGUGGUGGUCAUGGUGGAGACAUGUACCAUCCGAUGAUGUAUGCUCGGCCUUAUCCGGCAGUGAAUUAUGCUCAUCCACCGCCAAUGCCACCUCCACACUCGGGUCCUUAUACUGAUAUGUUCAGCGAUGAGAAUCCUGCUGGUUGUAGUAUCAUGUGAUCUUUUGUAAUAUGGUAAUUACAAAAUGAAUAUGAAUAUGUUUGUCUAAGAAGUCUUAUGUUUUUUUUUUGGGGCUGUCUUUCUCUUUUGUAACUCAGUCGAGUAAUGGCAACAAAAUGUGCUUUGAUUUGGUUAGUGGGAAUGAUGUUUGUAGUAUCUCUAUUUCUGAAAAAGAUAUGAUUACAAUA